AAACCUACCCUCCUUUACGUCCCAACCUUUUAAAUUAAUAGGAAUUAAAUUUGUACUUUGAUGGCGUACAAACUUCCUUUCUUCACUAUAUAAAUGGAGAUGAAUGAUCAAACUCAAAUAUCACACGUAAAAAUAAUCAAGUGGCUCUUGAACUCUAAUUCCCAUGGCUACUGAAAACAAAAAGCUCCACAUAGCUAUGCUUCCAUGGCUAGCCUUUGGUCACAUCCUUCCAUAUUUAGAACUAGCUAAGCACAUAGCUCUUAAAGGUCACAAAAUUUCCUUCAUUUCAACUCCUCGAAACAUCGAUCGCCUUCCAAAAUUACCACAAAAUAUAUCACCUUUUAUACGUUUCGUUAAAAUCCCACUUCAACCAGUAGAAAAUCUACCAAAAAACGCCGAAUCUACCAAUGACUUACCAUAUGAUAAAGUCCAAUAUCUAAAAAUAGCUUAUGAUAACAUGCGCGAUUCUAUUCAUCAUUUUCUUCAAACUAAUAAACCGGACUGGAUUUUCUUCGAUUUCGCAGCUUAUUGGGCCGGCCCAAUUGCUACUGAACUUAAUAUUUCUAGUGCAUUUUUCUCUAUUAUGAUCGCCGCCGUGUUGGGCUUUAUUGGACCGGUGCCGGUUUUAAUGUCCGGCUAUGGUACUUUAGAUGAACUAGAAAUUCUUACAGCUUCACCAAAAUGGGUGAAUUUUCCUACAUCGGUAGCUUUUCGAUUGUACGAGGUUUUAAGGAUGAAAGAUAGUUUUAACGGUAAUAUGUCUGAAGCAUCUGAUAUUUACCGGUUUGGUGCUAGUAUAAAGAGUUGUGAUGUUUUGCUCAUUAGAAGCUGCUCGGAAUUUGAACCGGAAUGGUUACAUUUGGUCGAAGAGAUUCACCGGAAACCGGUCUUUCCGGUCGGUCAACUUUCGCCGUUGACCAUUGACAAUUACGACGAUGAAAGCAAUGGUGUAUGGACAGGAGGGAGUAUAAAACAAUGGCUCGACUCGCAAGGAAAAAGAUCAGUGAUUUACGUCGCGUUCGGGAGUGAGGCAAAACCGAGUCAAGAAGAACUCACCGAGAUAGCUCAUGGGUUAGAACUUUCAGGAUUACCGUUCUUUUGGGUUCUAAGAAAGCAACGCGGUGAAUUUGACACUGAUUUAAUCGAGUUACCAAAAGGGUUUGAAGAGCAGACCAAAGAACGUGGAGUGGUGUGCACAGGGUGGGCCCCACAGUUGAAGAUACUGAGUCAUGACUCAGUGGGUGGAUUUUUGACUCAUUCGGGUUGGAGUUCAGUAGUUGAAGCUAUAUCUUAUGAAAAGGCACUUAUUUUGUUGCCAUUUUUAUCUGAUCAAGGUUUAAAUGCUCGAUUAUUAGAGGAGAAAAAGAUGGCAUAUUCGAUACCGAGAGAUGAAAGAGAAGGGACGUUUACGAGGGACUCGGUGGCUAACUCACUGAGUUUGGUGAUGUUGGAGGAAGGAGGAAAAGUGUAUAGGGAAAAUGCUAAAAAUAUGAGAGAAUUGUUUGCUGAUAAGGGAAAACAAGAAAAAUAUGUUGAAAAUUUGAUGAUAUAUUUGCAAAAGCAUAGAGAAAUUCAAAAAGAAAAUGGGGACAACACACAGCAAAGAGAGCUAGCUUAAUGCUUUUAGUAAAUUACUUACUACUUUUAUCCAAUUGAUUGUCAUAAUGUUCUUCUCUUCCCAUGUAUUUUUUUUUCAUAACUGUUGUGAUUAAGUUUCUUUUAGUCGAGGGUGAUCUAUCGAAA